GGAAUUCAGCAGGUGAGCCCCCGGCCCGGAUGGUGGGACCGGGCCCGGGCUCCCACCGCCACCUCCGCCUCGGCCAAAGCCGUCUGCCCCCCACCCCCGGCUAGGGGCCCACAGGGGACAACCUCCUUCUCCCUGCUGGGAGGGGGAGCCUCCCCACUCUGGGCAGCUUCAGCCUCUCUGGAUCGGGAUCGCAGUUCACAGUACGCGAGGACCUCAGCUGCACCUGGACGCUUUCCCCUUUCCCAGGACUGUCAAUGGCAGGAUACCAGCUCUGGUCACCAUGGACCCCACUGGACGAGAGCUUCCAAUGGCUGCGGCACACAACACCUGCACCUUCUUCAAAACACCCUUUUAGGGCUUCUCCCUGCUUCCUACAUACCCCUUCUGACCUUGAAGUGCAGCUGUGCUUUCAAGAGGUCACUCUAGUUCUAGAUGGCCCAUUCCUGGAGCCUGGGGUGAGUCCCAAGUUACCCUGCCACACAUCAGAGCUCCAAACCAUGAACAACAAGAAAGGGCUGGUCAGGAAGCCCCAGCCUGUCCGCCUCAGUGGAGUGGAUUCCGUAUUUGGCAGGGUCAUCACAGCCCAGCCACCAAAAUGGACUGGAACCUUCAGAGUUUCAGACAAAUCAGCCUUUUGCAAAAUCAUCAGCCGGGAGCACCAGUGGCCCACUGGACUCAAGGAGCCUCAGAUUCAGAUGACAGUGACCAUGUGCAAACAGAUGCUGCACUCUAUCCUCUUACUGUACGCAGCAUACAAGAAGUGCACCUUUGCCUUGCAGCACUCCAGGUAGAGGGCUCCAAUGUGACUCGUGUUCCUCACACCAUGACCUCUGCUGUGUGUCUGAAGCUUAGAGAAACUUGUCCAUGUAAAGGAAACUGACAUCACCCAGCCAUCUCGCUUUUCUGUCAAGCAGUGACAAUUCAGGAGCCCCUUUUCUCCUUUCCCCUCCAAAGAAGGCCAGUGACCAGAGCAAGGGAGAACAUUUCCAUUGUAAAGUUUAACAACAUUUAAAAGAGAGUCAAACUAGUGUUGACAUGUACGUGUGAUAAAGAACCAUUAAACCAUAUAAACUAA